AACGUACAAUUUAAAAAAAAGCUGAACUAAGUAUGCAGUGUGACUGGGCCAGGACUCAGUUGACAUGAACUGUUAAUCAUCUUUGUUAGGCCAUUUAGGCUGCUUAGAUUAUUUGGCAUACACUGUACGUUCGAUCAUAUUUGAGAUUAUUCAGAUAUAUUUUAGGGGAAGAAGAUAAUAAUGUUGAAGACUGUUUUCACCAGUACGGGGUGUGAGCCAGGGAUAUUGCACAUACUUCCUUAUCCAAAACAAAGGCUUCUCUUGUGCUUGAGACCCUUUCGUAUCUCUUGGACAGUGGUCAUGUGUUUUCCUUGCCAGUGGAGCUGAUGGUUUCUCGUUGUGUGGUUAUAUGUGAUGAGUCUUGACGGUUUAGUCCACCAGCUGCUUUUUUUUGAAGAAGUGUAGAGACAACCCCUCUCGAGGCUUGCAGUCAGUAUGAGUUGGAAGAGGAAAAACAUGGAGGUCAGUUACAGGAACCUGAUCAGCUUUGUCCCUCAGCGGUCGGGAGAGGAGGAUAAGAAGUCUAAGUCUUGUCGGCAGCAACAGUGUCUGGAGGCUGUUCAAGGAGAGGAAGUGAAGAAUUUCUACGAGUCUUUGGUGAAGGAAGAUUCUGGAAGCAUAGAUAGGUUGUCAGUCAGUUCAGUUGUAAAGAAACAUCAAAAUAAAGUGAAGGACAAAUCGAUAGGAAGGAGGUCACGGAGGGCAAGGUCCUCUCAUUUGCAGCAACAAGAUGCAGUGAGUAUGGGAGGAUCACAGGGUGCCCCUGCACCUGGUUCCUCUGACAUUGUGCUCCGGGAAUUGUUUAAGCUACUUCACUGUGCUGAGACAGGGGAUACUGCAGAAUUGUCCCGGUUAGUGGACACAGGACUGGACAUUAAUGCCACAGACAUGUACGGCUGGUCUCCCUUGAUGUGUGCAGCUAGGGCUGGGCAGUUAGAAUGUGUCAGACUCUGCCUCAGGCUCGGAGCACACACAGUGAGUCAACAUUCUGCUGGGGGAACGGCUGAGGACCUGGCUAGGUCUGCUGGACAUGAGGAAGUUGCUUCUGUCAUAUCGUCAUUUCCACAUGGGGAAGAUACUCAUUUGUCACCGGUUAAGAGUCGGGGCCAAAAUAAGGCUGCUGUGUCUGAACCUUACUUUUGUGAAGUCUGCCAGAUGUCCAUCUCACCAGCUGAGAGUGUGACCCACGGGACCUCCACCAUCCAUCUAUUCAACGCAGGCCACAAGCCAGCGGGCCCAGCCUAUCUGAUUCCACAGAGUAAUCGGGGAUUCCAGAUUCUUCUGCGCUCAGGCUGGGAGCAUGACAAGGGUCUGGGACCGCAUGGGCAGGGGAAUAAAUACCCUGUGAGAACUCUUCUCAAACAUGACAGGAAAGGUUUGGGUGUCGACCAGGAAGUCAAGAAGAAACAGAAAGUGACCCACUUUGAAGCAAACGACAAAACUGCUGUCAGUAGAGAGCAUGUGCCUGCCAAGAGGGAGGUCUCAGUGAGGAAGGCUGCACAGAAAGUAAUCAAGGCUAAAGAAAGACGCAGUCGGAGGUGGGAGAGGGAUAUUCGAUAUGAGUUAAGCUAAGUGGGUGACUUUGGACUAGGUCAGAUUGUGGGAAAUUUAUCAUCACACAGGAUUCUACUGCUCAGUUUAUUUCUGCCUCGACUGUACAGAAUGAUGAAGUUCUUCUAUUGUUUUAGAGAAUGACUCUUAUUUCAAAUGGUUUUUUGUUUUUGAGUAAUUGCAGUAUAUUUUGUUCUUGUUUUUGUGUCUUUCUUUGGGUCGGUCCCACACCCACAUGAGUAUGGUCUGAAAUCUGUGUUUGUGUGUUUUAGAGAGGAAGGGCGAUAGAGACAGGGACAGACAAAGUGAUACUCAGGCCAAUAGGAGGGAGGGAGGGAGAGAGAGAGAGAGAGAGAGAGAGAGAGAGAGAUGUCAUCAUUUUGAGCAUCAGGACAAUAAAAAUGCAUCACUACAGUGUAUAAGGUCUUUUACCUUUUUUAUGCACUGUUUAUUAUUAUAAAUGUACUUAAGAAAUAACUUUUAAGUUAUAUAUAUAGAAUGCUGGCAUGGACCUGAAUUGAGCAUUUUUUCUUCUUGAUGUAUGCAAAAUGCAUACUGCUUGUUAACUCUUACAAAGGCUACAGGGGAACAAUUUUGUUGUUAUUUCUCUCAGAGGAUUCAUGACACUACACUUAGAUAUAAUGUAAAGUAGGGAAAGAAAUGGCAUAACUCAUGCAAAAAUGAAAGGAGAAGAUUUAUAAUUCUUUUGGAGAUGGUUCCGAAAUUUAAUUAAAAAUAAUAUUUUUCAAAGUCAUCAAAGUGGGACUGCCAUUUCUUUCCCUGUUGUUGUCUUCAUUUGAGUGUCUUCUGUCUCUCAAGUUUGAGGAACCUCUUCCUCCUUGAAGACUCUGAGUAUGGGGUUAGACACAAACACUCUCAUUACUCAAGAUUGCUUCCCUCACAUCAGAUGAUAGUGUUCGUUCUGUAUUAGUCAAUGUUUUUUGUUCUGUGUUGAUGUGAUGGGGUAAUUGCUAAUUUGUUCAAUGCUCGUCUAGAAAACUGAAUUGCAGAAGGUGUAAGAAAAGAGUCAGUAUUGUGCUCUUUGUAACCUCUCUUUGUCUUUUCAGUUGUUGCAUAUAAUUUAGAAAAUUUUGCUGCUGUCUUUCUUUUUCAUCUCAAGGCAUCUUGAUUUCCCUCUCCCAUAGGCUGUGAUCUCCUGAUGUCUGUUCGCAGGUUCUCAAGUUGCCCACUGUUGAUUUCACAUCUCUCUAUUUUUACAAUUUUGUUCUGUUAAUUAUAAAUGUUUCACUCCUACUUCAACACAAUUUGGAUCUUGUCUGAGCCAAAGCAGGCUGAGAGGGAUGCACUAAACUUGAUAAAAAAAUCUCCCCUUUUGGGGAUUCGAACUCACCUCUGUGUGCAAUGGCAAAGAGCCAAACUUGUAGACCACAGACCCCAGUCAUGUCCCUCUUAUAAGCAUUACAAAAAAAUCUUAGUUGGGGUCAACCUUUUUUUUCGUUACUAAUGAUGAGGAGAACAUGUAAAAUAUGAGCGGGUGGUUGGAGGGCGCUAAUGGUAGGUCCUACUUCUUUACUUCCCCUCUGUUGUUUCCAUCUGUCUUGACUUUUUUACAGCACUAAGUGACCAUUAUAUUGUGUCGAUGUUCUUCUCAUUUCUCAAACAAACAAACAAAACGUACUAUAUAUAGAAAACUUACAUGAUGGGCUCUAUGACAAAACCCACUACAGAACACUUCAAAA